AUGUUUGGCUCGAAACCCGAAUUGUUGUGGGAUGACAAGAGGGUCGCCGUCUGUGGGAAACAAAUGGCGCCUCAUGCGCACGAGAAUGAAUCGUUCGAAAAGUUUGCCCCUGGCCUUGAGGAGGCUGAUGGGACGGUGAUUGGACGGGAGGUGGUGAGGUUUGCCUGGCUUGGGAAUACCAAUGACAGUUGCCUCUUUCCAAGAGGUGGGAAAAUAGCUAAAUUCGAAGCAGGCGUUGAAGAUUAUGGCCAAUAA